GCGCCCGUGCCUCCAGCCCAGUGAUCCUGAACGUGAAAACCCAUUUUUUUCACACAUCCAAGAAGUUCUGCUGUUCGUUCUUCUUUUUAGUGUCUCCUGUACCCCCCAAAAUUUCCCCUCCUCCUCCGUCUCCUUCGCCCCCCUCCUUUGGGGGCCCCGUGACCCUGAAUGUGGGGGGCACGCUAUAUUCCACCACUUUGGAGACCCUGACCCGCUUCCCAGACUCCAUGCUGGGGGCUAUGUUUAGGGCUGGCACCCCCAUGGCCCCGAACCUGAACCCACAGGGAGGCGGCCAAUACUUCAUAGAUAGGGAUGGCAAGGCCUUCCGGCACAUCCUUAACUUCCUGCGGCUGGGCCGCCUGGACCUGCCCCAGGGGUACGGGGAGACGGCCCUUCUGCGGGCAGAAGCUGACUUCUACCAGAUCCGGCCCCUCCUGGAUGCCCUACGGGACUGGGAAACAUCACAGGUGACCCCGGCGCCCACUGCCGCCCUGCUGCACGCAGAUGUGGAUGCCAGCCCCCGCCUGGUACACUUCUCUGCCCGCCGGGGCCCUCACCACUAUGAGCUGAGCGCCGUCCAGGUGGACACCUUCUGCGCUAACCUCUUCUGCACGGACCCCGAGUGCCUGGGCGCCAUGCGGGCCCGAUUUGAUGUGGCCAGUGGAGACCAAGCAGAGGGGGGCCCACACUUUCGGUUGGAGUGGGCCCCCCGUCCUGAGGAACUCCCUGAGGCGGAGUACGAGAGACUGGGGCUGCAACCCCUAUGGGUUGGGGGGCCAGCAGAGCGGCGCGAGGUGACGGGCACAACGGGCUUCCUGGAGGAGGUGCUACGGGCGGCUCUGGAGCACGGCUUCCGCUUGGACUCGGUUUUCCCGGACCCGGAGGACCUGCUCAACUCUCGAUCUUUACGCUUUGUUCGGCACUGAGGAUGGAUGCUGCCCUCAGUUUCCUUGUGGGGAGAC